AUGUCCACUCCCCAGCCCGAACAGUACGACGACACCCGUAUCCUUGGCUACGACCCCUUGGUGCCCCCCGCCUUGCUCAAGCUGGAAAUCAAAGCCACGCGUGCCUCGCUCGACACCGUCAUCAAAGGUAGAGUCGAGCUGGCGGCGAUCUUGAAGGGCGAAGACGACCGUGCCUUGGUCAUCGUCGGUCCUUGCUCGAUCCACGACCCCGAGUUGGCCCACGACUACGCCCAGAGACUCAAGCAAUUGUCCGAAGAAUUGAAGGACGACUUGGUCAUCGUCAUGAGAGCCUAUCUCGAAAAGCCCCGGACCACCGUGGGGUGGAAGGGUUUGGUCAACGACCCCAACGUCGACAACACCUUCGACAUCAACAAGGGGUUGCGCAUCUCGCGUCAAUUGUACGCCGACUUGACCGCCCAGGGUUUACCUAUUGGUUCGGAAAUGUUGGACACCAUUUCCCCUCAAUACUUCUCGGACUUCCUCUCGUUCGGGGCCAUUGGUGCUCGUACCACUGAGCUGCAGUUGCACCGUGAGUUGGCCUCGGGGUUGUCGUUCCCCAUCGGGUUUAAGAACGGUACCGACGGUGGCCUCAGAGUCGCUCUCGACGCCGUCCAGGCGCUGACUAAGGGCCACCACUUCAUGGGGGUCACCAACACGGGGAUGGCCGCCAUCACCACCACCAAGGGUAACGACAACUGCUUCAUCAUCCUCAGAGGCGGCAAGAAUAAGACCAACUACGACGCCGAGCUGGUCGCCGCCGCCAAGGCCGACAUCGCCAAGCUGACUGACCCCCUGAUCAAGUUGAUGAUCGACUGUCUGCACGACAACUCCGCCAAGGACUACCGCAACCAGCCCAAGGUGUUGCUGGCGGUCGCCGAGCAAAUCGCCGCCGGUGAAAAGACCAUCAUCGGGGUGAUGAUCGAACUGAACAUCAACGAAGGCAAGCAAGGCAUGCCUCCUGCCGGCCAAGGUAAGGAAGCGUUGAAGUACGGGGUGCUGAUCACCGACGGGUGCGUGUCGUGGGAGACCACCGUGUCGAUGUUGAACGAGUUGGCCGCCGCCGUGAGACAAAGACGCCUGACUUAG